AUGCGCUUCCAAUUUGUCGCAGCAGCAGGCCUUCUGCCAUUGACUGCGCUCGCGGAACCCUGCCAGCCAUACAAGAUAAGCAUCACCGCCGCUAAAUCCUCCACAAGAUGGACGGACUGCCAGCCCGGGGAAUGCAACGGAAGGAUGCAGAUGUUCGACAUUACCGUUAACAACACCGGUACCACCUGGGUAGUUUCUCAGCCAUACGUUGCCGUCACCAUUGAGGGCGACGGCCUCACAACGCACCGACAUGGCAAGAUUAUGCGGCUUCGACCCGGCGACUCCGCCACUGUGGAACUCGGUGUACAGACCGAGGUUGUCCAUAUUGACCGACCGGUCAAUGCCACCGCCCACUGGGACGACGGUGGCUCUUGCCAAGGCUCUACUACCUUUGGCUUUACGGCUUCAUAUGGAAUCCCGGAUUACCAGCCCAACGUCGCCUCUGUGAGCAACCACGAAGCUCCGAAUUGGUAUCGUGACGCCAAGUUCGGUAUAUUCAUACAUUGGGGGGUAUAUGCCGUGCCGGCAUACAAGAAUGAGUGGUACUGGCGGGCACAAGAGACCAAAAACUCGGAUGUCUAUAACCACCAUCUGGCGACAUAUGGUCGGAAUGUCGUCUACGAUGACUUCAUCGCCAAUUUUACAGCCGCCAACUUUGACCCUAAGGCCUGGAUGGACCUGAUCAGCGAUACUGGCGCUCAGUACUUCGUACCUACCACGAAGCACCACGACGGAUUCGCCCUAUUCAACAUGUCCUCGAGUAUUUCGAACCGAAAUUCAGCCAAGCUGGGCCCCAAGAGGGAUCUCCUUGGCGAGCUCUUCGCGGCCGCCAAGCAACAUCAUCCUGAGAUCCACCGCGGCACAUACUUCAGCAUCCCCGAGUUUUUCACCCCAGCGUCCCCCCAAAACGGUGAACUCGAAAGCGUCCACACCGGCAACUUCUACCAGGGUGCCCCGAAGAACGCAUACACUGACAAAGAGGUCCCGUACACCGGCUUCGUUAACAAUAGCUUCAUUUCCGGUAUCCAGCUACCCCAGAUGAACAUCUUGGCCAACGACUACGACACAGAACUCAUGUGGUGUGAUAUCCCCAGCCUGUCGAUGGCAGACCAGUUCGCAGCCAACUUCUUCAAUAAGGCCUUCAGAGAGAAUAAGCCGGUCGUCAUGAAUAACCGCUGCGGCGUCGUGAGCGGCAAGAAAGUCCCGGGCGAUUACGGCACCCCCGAAAAUACAGCCAACCUCAGCUUCGAUCCUAAGCUGUGGGAAGUGUGCCGCACCAUGGAUCCCAACUCUUGGGGCUACAGAGCCGAUACGCCUGACUCCGCUUACAUGACCCCUAACACCAUCGUGUACACGCUCCUCGACGCCAUAUCCAAGGGUGGUAACCUAUUGUUGAACGUAGGCCCUAAGCCAGAUGGUACGAUCAAGGAGAUCAUGCAGACUAACCUGCGUGAUGCCGGCAAAUGGAUUAAGUCUCACUCUGAAAGCAUUUUCGGUACUAAGUACUGGCCUCUUGGCAAGGGUGGAUCUGGCAACUUCCGGUAUACCGAGACUGAUCAGGCAUUCUACAUCCACUGCCUCACGAAACCGAGUGGAUCCAUCAACAUUACCGACCCGAUCCCUUGGAUGCAGGGCGAUAAAGUCACCGUUGUGGGUGGCCGCAAGAAUGGCACUAUGGUUAGCGCUAGCGCGUCUGGUAAUAGCAUCCUUCUGGAUGUACCUCAGGAGAUUUCCGAUGCAGACCAGUAUGCUUGGACCUUCAAAAUCACGUACUAA